AUGAUUCAGCAGUCUAUUCUAGUUCUUAUGAUGUUAUGUUUGGUGCUCAUCCACGGUGAUAGCCAGUGCGCUGGGAUUAAUAAUGAACAAUGUUACUGGACAGAUUGUGGGACAACCACGAGUGAAAUUGGUGAUGUGAAUAAGGACGGAUACAAAUUAGUAUCAUGGACCAACGGGUUCACUCAAAAUCAGAUAUGCAAUUAUUAUGGUUCAGUAGGGAACCCUCUCCACCCACCCGGUAACUGUUGUGGUGCUUAUGGUUCAGGAUGCUGGAAAGGAUACAAAGGUCUCUGGUGUAAAAGACCUGCUGGUACCUAUAAAGAACAAAGACCUGGUGGUUGUCCUGAUUAUCUGUACCGAACUUGUGAAGUUAUAACCAAGGCAUUAGCGUUGGAUGUUUGUAGCAGAGACAAGUGUACUUUCAUCUCUCCAAAUGGCACUUCGGUGGACUGCGACGCCAGUAAGAAAGAAAAAUGCGACAAGUUUCUGGCAUUAGACCCGACUGUCGACUCAUGUGGUUCCGGAGGAUGUCAUAGAAUGAAGAAGAUUUUUAUUUUCAAAAAAAAAAAUAUCUAUGACUACAACUAUUUGCUUGUCUUGAUGGAUGCAGGUUAUAUCCUUAUUGCCGAAAAUAAAAAAGAGGGCGUCAUUGAUGAUACAACGGAGAUGCCAAAGCUUACUAUGUUCAACAGAUGGAUUGUCCUGUGA